AUGCUCAAAAACCCAACCCCCCCCAGUAAAUUUCAGGGGAGAGUUUUCAAAGGCAAGGUGAGUGCCAGGGCUCAGAGCAUGCACUUAGUACAGUUCGCAGCUGAGUACCCAGGGGCCGCGGAGUACAGCGUUUGCCCUUGUCUUUCCACCCGCCUCUUUAAACUGCCCCAGGACUUUGUAACUAACUUCCUACCUGCUUGUGGCUCCCAGCAGAGUCCGACUGGUCGCCCGGAGUCCCGCCGUCGCCGCACCCACCGCAGAGCUCCUGGCUCCAGGGGGUUCUCUACUCCCGCGGAGCAGACCAACGCCGUGGCAGGGACUCCAGCAUUCUCCCCGGCGCCGCCUGGAGCAGCGCAAACCCUCCCUGCACUGUCAAUGCUGCGCGUGCCCCGGGAGGUGAAGGCGAAGCCGCUGCCGGCGCUGAUGAGCGCCUGGCCCGCGCCUGCUGCCCCCAGCGCCUUUCACACGGAAAGGGCCGAGGGUGCGGCAGUAGCCCGGAGACGGCGAGUUGUAGCACCCCAGGCGUGCUCUCACCAGAACAGGCGGGAGCAGAAGUUCGUGUCCUGCAGCGGGUUGGGCUUCUGCAUCUUGCCUGCGGGGGCGUCCGCCGGCCGGGGUCACGCUGCUCUGGCGGCGAAGCUGCUACUGGAGGUGCCGGCGGAGAGGCUGGAGGCUCAGACACAGCGCGGUCCUCUUAGGGAGACAGAACCACCGGCUCUGGGAGUGGGGGGCGCUGGUGGGACUCCUGGCCCUGACCUCUCGUGGCCGCGCGCUCUGCGCCUCAACCGCCUGGACUCGGAGCAGUGGGGGCAGCAGGACGAAGGGGAGGCCAGGAGGAGGCUGCCAGGAGCCACACGCAGGUCUACAAUGGGAAACCCCUACUCUUCUGGUGGUAAAGAACCUGCCUGCCAAUGCAGGAGACAAGAGACUUGGGUUUGA